CGUGUGUGUGUGUGUGUGUGUGUGCGCGCGUGUGUGUGUGUGACUGAGGAAGAGGGGGAGAGAAAAGAGAGAGGAGCGGAGGAAGAAAGGAAGCAGGGCUGCAGUUGGAUUCAGCUCCGUGAGGAGGAACAGGGACGCGAUCCGGCGCCGGGAGUUUGAUCCUCUUCCAUGUUUUGUCGGGAUUGUAACGCAGACCGCUGAAGGAGACGACGAGGAUCCGGACUUCCACUGCGCUUUUCCUUGGGAUUUUAUUCGCUUUGACUGAAGCCUGCACGGCGUCUCGCUUCUCGAGUGGACUUGCUAAAAGUCCUCAAGUCACUGCCGCUGCGAGUUGGAGGCGACGACCCCCCGGGUUUGGGUGAAACUCUCGCCGUGUCCGGGCUCCAUGUGUUUGUUGCAGCCGCAGUAAAGGUCCCCUCCGCGGCGGUAGUCGGUCACUCUCGCUGGCUUCUGGUGGGAAUGUCGCCUUCGGGUCUGGAGCCGGGUCGGUUGUAGAUGCAGCCGAGCUCAGUCGAAUGUUGCGCUCUCCCCGCUCGACCCUCGGCUGUGCGCUCCCUGCACGCCGCUCCGCGGUCAUUGAUGUUUCACUCCGACUCUCCGAGUAACAGCGGCUCAUUCGCACACGAGUAAAAACAAUAUCGUUGGCCAAGUUGUCGUAUGUUCAGGACGAAACGCUCAGGUCUUGUGCGGCGACUCUGGAGAAGCCGUUUGAUCCCAGACAGAGAAGGGGAGGAUGGAACUAGCGAGCGCUGCAGGGACGAUCUGUACGGCAACAACCCGCAGAAGAUUCCCAAGACGGAGUUCCGAGCGAUGACCCCAAGCGGGUCUCCAGUGGGGGAUGUGUCGCCGGAGCAAGGUGGGGGUGCGGCGGUGGAGCAGGACAGCGAGUGCAGGACGGUGACCUGCUGCUUGUUUAAAGAGCGCGACCAGUCCGAGCUCACGAGCCCGGCGAGCAGGGACUCCGGGUCAUGUCACUUCGUGUUGCGGAACCUCGGGGCUCGCGAAAGCGGCUCUCCUCCUGAGGAGGCGACGCCACGGACGGUGCUGGAGCAAGAACUCAAGUCCGCCACUUAUUGUCUUUUAAAGAAGCUGAAGGAGAAAGCGCUGGACACCCUGCUGGAGGCGGUGGAGUCCAGAGGAGGGAUGCCCAGCGACUGCGUCAUGGUGCCCCGGGCGGAGCUGAGGCUGGGCGCCCAUGUGGCUUCUCCUCAGCUGCUGGUGUGUAAACUAUACCGCUGGUCCGACCUCCACAACUCGGCCCAGCUCAAACCGCUCUGUGAGUGCAAGAGCUUCGGGGGCCUCGACAGUCCGACGGUGUGCUGCAACCCCUAUCACUACAGCCGGCUCUGUGGGCCAGAGUCACCCCCUCCUCCUUACUCAAGGCUUUCCCCUAAUGAAGAACACAAGCCACUGGAUCUGUCAGACUCCACAUUGUCUUACACUGAAACGGAGGCAGCCAGCUCACCAAACAUCACACCCGGGGAAUUCUCAGAUGCCAGUUUGUCUCCUGACGCUCCCAAACAGAGCCAUUGGUGCAACGUGGCGUACUGGGAGCACCGGACGCGGGUGGGCCGCCUCUACACAGUGUACGAGCACUCCGUCAGCAUCUUCUACGAUCUACCUCAGGGCACCGGCUUCUGUCUGGGCCAGCUCAACCUGGAACAUCGCAGCAGCACCGUUCAGCGCACGCGAGGCAAAAUAGGCUACGGCAUCCUCCUGAGCAAGGAGCCGGACGGCGUUUGGGCCUACAACCGCAGCGAACACCCCAUUUUCGUCAACUCCCCGACUCUGGACGUGCCCAACAGCAGGACUCUGGUGGUGCGCAAGGUGAUGCCGGGCUUCUCCAUCAAGGUGUUUGACUAUGAGCGCUCCUUCCUGCUGCGGCACAACACGGACGCCGAUCUCCUGGACGGACCCUACGACCCCAACAGUGUGCGCAUCAGCUUCGCCAAGGGCUGGGGCCCCUGCUACUCCAGACAGUUCAUCACCUCCUGCCCCUGUUGGCUGGAGAUACUCCUCAGCAACCACAGAUAACACAGACGGACACCGCAGACGAUCCCAAAUAUCAUCUACCUAGAUUUAAUAUAAAGUUUUAUAUAUUAUAUGGAAAUAUAUAUUAUACUUGUAAAUACGGAGUCAUUUUUACAAUGUCGUUAUUUAUGUAUGGUGCAAUGUGUACAUGGACAAGAGGAAAAAAAUGGAAAAUGCACUUUGGCUUAUAUAUAUUAUAUAUAUAAAUAUAUAUAAAAGAAGAUACAGAAUCCUUCAAUACCAACUUGAGAAAUUAUACAGCAAAAUUAGGAUGAGCCUGGAUUUGGUGUAUAGUUUUUAUAUACUAUAAAUGUCCAGACGAAAAGCUAACGCCAUUCACACAUUGAUAAUAAAGUAUUCGCAUAAUAA